GAAGGGAGCUUGCGUGUGGACUUUUCUUUCUUGUGAACAACGUUCUUUCUUUGUGGAAUAAGCUACCAGCUGAAUAGCUAACUAGCUACCAGUCAACUUAAAAUGUCUAAACAACAGUUGUUUCGUGUGUUUUUAAAUGAGCGCUUAACUGCGGCUGCUGUGGAGAUUUUCGGGGAAUUUGAGAAAACGGUAGUGAAAUACCAGGAAGAGAAUGAUCGGCUACGGAGACUGCUGCGGAUCACACCGGAGAUACAACUAUGUAUAAUAGACUCCCUGCAGCUCUCUGUCUCUGAAGAGGAGGUUCCCCCUGAGCAGCAGCACUGUGAGCAGGAGUGGAGCCCCAGUCUGGGACAGAAGGACCCAGAGACCAAACAGAUUAAAGAGGAACAGGAGGAAGUCAGGACCAGUCAGGAGGAAGAGAAGCUUCAAGGGCUCUUUGUUACCAAAGACUCCAUAUUCACUCCUUCCUGUGUGAAAAGUGAAUGUGAUCAGAAGGACCCAUGUCAAGAAGCCUCACGAGCUGAACACCCAACUCUCAGUCCACUGAAAAUGUCUAAACUACAGUUGUUCUGUGUGUUUUUAAAUGAAUGUUUAACGGCGUCUGCUGCUGUUGAGAUUUUUGGUGGGGUUGAGAAAAUUGUAGCAGAGUACCAGGAGGAGAAUGAUCUGCUACGGAGACUGCUGCAGAGGACACCAGAGAUACAGCUAUGUAGAAUAGACUGCCUGCGGCUCUCUGUCUCUGAAGAGGAGGUUCCCCCUGAGCAGCAGCACUGUGAGCAGGAGUGGAGCCCCAGUCUGGAGCAGGAGGACCCAGAGACCAAACAGAUUAAAGAGGAACAGGAGGAAGUCAGGACCAGUCAGGAGGAAGAGCAGCUUCAAGGGCUCUUUGAUACCAAAGACUCCAUAUUCACUCCUUCCUGUGUGAAAAGUGAAUGUGAUCUGGAGGACCCACUUCAGUCCUUGACUCUUCCCCAAACCCAGACUGUGGAGAACAGAGAGAGAGACUCUAAACCGGUGGAUCUCAAACCUUUUGUCACUGUGACCCACUUAAAAGGUCUUGACAUUCCCUGUGACCCUCCAGAUAAUCAAAACAAUGCCUCCAGCCACAGCUCAGCCGUAAGCAGCGACCCAGUAGGACUUGACAGCUGCCCACCAUCAGAUCCCAGUCCACCAUUAGAUCCCAGUCCACCAUUGAAAAAACACUGUUCCAAACCCAACACCACAGCAAGAAAAACUCACCACUGCCGUGACUGUGGUGCAACAUUUGCUCUGAAAGCUGACCUGCAGAGACAUGUGACUCUCUUCGGUAAGGUACCCAGUGAAUGUAGUUCCUGCCAAAAACACUACAACUCCACCUGUAAACUGAAGGCCCAUGUCCGACUCUGUCACAGUGGGAAACCCUGCACCUGCCCUGUUUGUGGCAAGACCUUCAAAUACAAAGGAGAUCUGUCCAAGCACAUGAGUAUUCACACAGGAGAGAAACCCUUUAUCUGUGGUGACUGUGGGAAAAGCUUCAAUCGCACGGAUUUCCUAACCAGGCAUAAACUGACUCACACAGGAGAGAAGCCAUUCACCUGUGGUGACUGUGGGAAAAGCUUCAAUCGGAAGGAGACCUUAACUACGCACAAACUGACUCACACUAGAGAGAAACCAUUUAGCUGUGGUGACUGUGGGAAAAGUUUCAAUCGUAAGGUGAGCCUAACUGAACAUAAAUUGACUCGCACAGGAGCGAAACCAUUUAGCUGUGGUGACUGUGGGAAAAGUUUCAAUCGUAAGGUGAGCCUAACUGAACAUAAACUGACUCACACAGGAGAGAAACCAUUUGUCUGUGGUGACUGUGGGAAGAGCUUCAAUCGGAUAGGGCACCUAUCUGAACAUAAACUGACUCACACAGGAGAGAAACCAUUUAGCUGUGGUGAAUGUGGGAAGAGCUUUAUUCAGAACAGGGCACUAAGUAGACAUAUACUGACUCACACAGGAGAGAAAUCAUUUAGCUGUGGUGACUGUGGGAAGAGCUUUAUUCAGAAGUGGGACCUAAGGAGACAUAAACUGACUCACACACGAGAGAAACCAUUCACCUGUGGUGACUGUGGGAGAAGUUUCAAUCGCAAGCAGACUUUAACUACGCACAAACUAACUCACACCAGAGAGACACCAUUUAGCUGUGGUGACUGUGGGAAAAGCUUCAUUCAGAAGGGGGUCCUAAUGAGGCAUAUACUGACUCACACAGGAGAGAAACCAUUUAGCUGUGUUGACUGCGGGAAGAGCUUUAUUCUGAAAGGGGACCUAAGAAGACAUAUGCUGAUUCACACAGGAGAGAAACCAUUCACCUGUGGUGACUGUGGGAAAAGUUUCAAUCGCAAGCAGACUUUAACUACGCACAAACUAACUCACACCAGAGAGAAAUCAUGUCGCUGUGGGGACUGUGGGAAAAGCAUCAAUCGGAAACAUCAUGGCUGCUCAGUCUGUGAUAAAAUAUUAAUUCAAAAGACUAAUCUACUGACACUUGAAAAACAACCACAAAGAAAGUAAAUGAGGACACAGAGAGGAGACUAAGAGAGUAUUGAGAUACACCUGUGGACCAACUCUAACUGGUCCUCCUGAUCCUGCUCAGUCCAAUGUCACAGUAAUGAUAUAAUGUGGCUGUUGUCUGAACAGGCAAUGUUGCUGCUCUUUGUGUAGGAAAUGGACAAUUUGCAGUUCAGACAACCACCACUUUUUAGGUGAACAACUGGGAGAUGAUGUUGGAGAGUUGUGAACACUCAAUGUUGUAGAAAGAUCUGUAGACAUGGAUACAAGAUGUCCAGAUCUGAUGCAGGUUUUCCAAGUUUUCAUGUGUAAAUAGAUUUACAGUACCAGUCAGAAGUUUGGAUACACUAUAUAUAUAUAUAUACAUUCAGGGUUUUUUUCUACAUUGUACAAUAAGUUGCCGACCAGACGUAUCCGAUCUCAAGAAAUUGUAGAAAACAUCUCCCUUAUAUAAUCAAUGUGAGCAUUACUUAACCAGGGGAGUAGUGAUUGGAUAAGGGGGAUGUUUUGUAACUAGGGGAGUGGUGAUUGGAUAAGGGGGAUGUUUUGUAACUAGGGAAGGAGUGAUUGGAUAAUGGGGACUGUUUUGUAACUAGGGAGUAGUGAUUGGAUA